AUGAUGCAACCACCGAAACCAGAUGCGCCGCCUAUGGCGUCACAGGACUUUCUUACCACCAAGGCACAAAACCCGGGGCCAGAGGCCAAUAGGAUGUCGACAUCAACCACUGUGCGAGAUUCCAGUGUAGACUUUACAAAGGAAGCCUCUUCCCAGAUGGGCGGAUCCAAAACAAAGGGCACUCCUCCAAAUGACCAGAAGCAUACGGAAGACGUAACCAAGUUAGAAGACCUGAAAGGCGACUCGCCAAAGCUCAUCGACUGUCCGUUCUGUAAUAAAAGGACGACGACAACUAUCCAAAAGACAGGCAGAGUCAGGCAGUUUCUCCUUCGCGCAACAACCGGUAUACUCUCCAUGAUCCUCCUGUUGAAUCCAUACGGGAUGAUGGGUUGGUGCAUGAACAUCCAUUAUUCUUGCUCCGAAUGCAACAACAAGGUUGCAAUACGGUCCAGCAAGGGUACUAUAGAGGUUUUCAGGCCAGGGCAGAGUGCCACAGUAUUACGUAAGGUGUAA